UUACAUCAUAAGUACCACUCAUCAGUCCUUCAGAUGGCAUCGCCAAAGCGGAGGCGAAGGAGAAGAGCUUCAUCUUGAUCCUGCAAAACGAGGACAAACUGAAGAACGUAAACGUUGUCAAGAUGCCUAGGUCAUUCCAAUGUUUUAACGUCACCAGUCACAACGCCAGUAAUAUAGUCAUGAAGCCGCGGAUGGUGCGUUUUAUAGCACGAUUUAUUUCCUGUUUUAUUCACGCCCGUCUUCUCGCCCGCGCUCUCUCUCUCAACUGUACCGCUCGUCAGCAAGCGGGCACACCGUUGUUCAAUCCGUGGGCUUCGAUACAUGUAUCGUCGCCCCCGCCGGCGUUCACCCAUAUGCACCUACAAGGGGGGCUUCCUGCGCAUGCUUGCACGCGGGCUGGACAAUGACGCAACAUCAUUGGCUGCGCGCACUUCACGGUGCACCAUGUUCAACUAUGUCGCUACCGACAGCCACUACGUGCAGGACUGCCUGACAAUACCGAGCGCAGCGCGCUUUGGGAAGGCACCCGUGGAAAACAUGGGCUGUGGGAGGCGGUGCUAUGUACUCUGGAUGCCAACAUGCGAUCGUGGUCCGGGCCGUGGAUAUCUUUCCGGAACAUUGGGUACGUCAGAAUUAGGUUUCAAGACCGAGUGGAUAUUCGUGCCGAAACAGUCUUUGGACAUCCACGAUCGUUGUGCGCGUGAAUGGUCACACGUGGGUAGUCAACUUGCCUCUUGUGUGUUGUGUACAUUUAUUCUCGUAGGCUGUUUGUGACAUAUUCAACCACCAAGUACACAUCGAUCCGCCGUUAUCUAUCAUGCUCAUCCAUGUCGUCCACAAGCACGGAGCGCGGC